AUGUCGUUCUUUCGUAGAAUGGUGGGCCUCACCACCCAAAGACCGCAUUCACUCCCAACAACAAGGAAACUCAUCCCAUCACAACAAACCUCGAGAAUACUCUUCGGCAUCAGCAAAAGAAGAAUUCACGCGCGAGCAACCGAGUAUCUCCAGAACCACAACCCUGACUUCACCGAAUCUCAACGCACCGUCCGCGAGGCCAUCGCCAGGAUCUGCUCCAGCUUUCCGGACGAGUACUGGGCCCAGCUAGACGAGAAGAAACAGUUCCCCUUCGAACUGCACCAGAAACUUGCGCAAGAUGGCUGGCUGGGUAUCUGCAUGCCACACGAAUAUGGAGGCUCCGAACUAGGCAUCGCCGAGGCGGCCGUGAUGAUGCAGACGAUCGCCGAGUCCGGCGGCGGGAUGGGGGCUGCUUCCUCGGUCCAUAUCAACAUCUUUGGUCUGGAGCCGGUGGUCAAAUUUGGCACAGACGAGCAGAAGAAGAGGUGGCUUGUGCCCAUGAUCGCUGGCAGGGAGAGGGCCUGUUUUGCUGUGACGGAGCCGAACACGGGACUGGAGACGUUGAAGCUGCAGUCGGUUGCGAGACGGGAGGGGGAUGAGUAUAUCCUUUCCGGCCAGAAGAUCUGGAUUUCGACGGCGCAGCAUGCGCAGAAGGUGUUGAUUCUCGUCCGGACCACCCCGCUGGAGAAAGUGAGCAACCCGUCUCAAGGUCUCUCCCUCUUCUACACGGAUCUCAACAGGAAGUCUGUGGAGAUCACUGAGAUCCCCAAAAUGGGCCGCGGGGCCGUGGAUAGCAACAGCCUGUUCUUCGACAACUGGCGCGUGCCAGUGGCUGACCGUAUAGGAGCCGAGAAUGAGGGCUUCAAGAUGAUCAUGCUCGGAAUGAACGCUGAGCGCAUAUUGAUUGGAGCAGAAGCACUGGGACUUGGGUUUGCGGCGCUGAGGCGGGCAGCGCUGUAUGCUGGUGAACGACAGGUCUUUGGUCGUCCCAUUGGCCAAAAUCAGGGAAUCCAGCACCCGCUUGCAGAUAGCUGGAUGAAUCUCGAAGCGGCGCGGCUGGUUAUUUAUCAGGCCGCAAAGAUGUAUGAUGCAGGGUAUGUCGACGGGGAGUAUGCCAAUGCAGGUAAAUACCUGGCGGCAGAAGCGGCGUUUGAGGCAUGCGAGCGAGCAGUUCUGACGCACGGAGGCAUGGGAUAUGCCAAAGAGUAUCAUGUAGAAAGAUAUCUGCGAGAAGUGUGGGUUCCUCGCAUUGCUCCUGUCAGUCGCGAAAUGAUCCUGAAUUACAUCGGACAGCGCGUGUUGGGUUUGCCCAAGUCGUACUAG